AGCAGCAGGAUGAGGAAGUGUCGGGACCAUGACUGACUGACUGGAAGAUGUAGCUUCCUCCACUGGAGCACCAGCAGCUGGCAGGAGUUUACCGGCUAGACAGCUAACAGCGGUAUUUGACAAUGCGAUGGGUAACUGCUGGGCUUUCUGUGUGGGUCUCUUCAGGAGAGAAGCCAGCAGGAUCCAGAGAGGCGGCGGGUCUAAGUACUUCCGCAGCAGCACCACAGGGGAGCAUUACACCAUCGAGUUUGAAAAUCUGGUAGAAAGUGAUGAGGCUGAGAGCCCACAGCCCUGCCCGAGGCCCAUCAGUGAAGAUGAGAUCAAGCACCUCAGAGAACAUCGCUACGCUGCCAUCUCAGACAAACAGAUCCUCAUAGACCAAAAGCUACAAGCCGAGUUAGAGGCACAAGAGGAGAAGUUAAGGCUAGAAGAGGAGGCUAGAAAUGCCGCCCAGCGUGAGGCCGCCAGGCUGGCACGUGAGCGAAAACUGAAGGAGCAGCUGCCUGCCCAGAGGACACGGGGGAGAGCAGAUGGCUCCGGCGGUGAAAGCCAGCAAAAAAAACAAACCUCCGGGGAGGAUUUUGACGUCUACCUCCAGAAUGUUAAAGCGCAGUCCGAGGCGUUCAGGAGCAACAGACUUCCCUCAGACACAAACGUGGUGACUCCCAACACGGAGUGCAGCUGGGAUUUCACCACCAAGACUCGCUCCACCAAUGAUGACGGGACAUCGCUGGAUCUGGAGUGGGAGGAUGAGGAAGGAAUCAAUCGUGCACUUCCAGUCUGGGAGAGGUCUCGGACGGAGGAGGACAUCUUGCGUGCAGCCCUGAGGCCCGGCGGCAAGCAGAUGAACAGCGGGCCGACCUCGGCCUCCGAGGACUCCAACGCGCUGGAGUGGGAGAACGAUUUUGUGAGUACCCACCCAGAGGACAAUGCAGACGCUGAGUUUGAAGGGUUUGUCAAUCCCGUCCUAGACACUCCCUCCGAGGACGCCUCGGACUGUGGACUCAGAUCGGACAACCAGGACAGAUAGUGUCCAGCACCAAAGCAGACGUUUGUGGCACCCUCGUCGUGUUUAAAGCUCACCAGCUUUUUGCCUCAUGAAACGGAAAUGUACUUAGAUGCUCUUCAUUUUCUGUAAUGAGACUGUGAUGCUGCGGGAAUGUGUCGUGUUUCUCUUCACUACUAGUGUAGUGAGAUUUUUAUCAAACACUCAUUUUUUUCAGUGCCUUCAUUUGCUAAAUUAGCCGACCAUCUUGUGCAUUGUAACUGAUUAAUUACAUACAUUUUACACAUUGUUCAGUAAGUGCUUAUUUUCAAUGCACAGUGUCCAGGUGAUGGAACCAAUACGUUGCCAAGUUGAUCUGAAGUUAAAGAUGGAUGAUGUUUAUUUUACUCACUGAUGGAAUUAGACAGUCACUGUUAUCGUGAAACUGGUCAAGGUGUGCUUUAAAAUCCCAGGAGGAAUAUUUCUUUGUUUGUUAGUUUUUUAACUAUUUAGCAGCAACAGACAAAGCAGUACCUGGGGACCAAAUGCAGCCCUGAGACAGGGUUGGAGUUUUCCUUGCAUGUCUUUUUGCAGGGCUAGACGACUAACUAGAGCUUGACCGAUAUCUCGAUACUGGCCUAUCACAGGUAUAUCACUAUCUGUGUGUUGCGUUGUUUGAAACUUUUCUUUGCGGUACAAAGUGCAGAAAAUGGUGGAAUAGUUAUUCACAGUUUGUCCAGCAGAGUGCGCUCCGCCUCCAUUGUUUACAAUCCUCUCAGCACUUUGUGUAGCACAUGUAGCAGAGCUGAACUGACGGUAGUGCGGAGUGAAGAAGUGUUUUUAUGGGAAACUGCUAGAUUGUUUGCUGGAAAAUGAACUAUCAUAUUAAUUUGUUAUAACUAGUGGUGGGACGUGAUAAAAAAAUGUAUUAAUUAGAAGCUUUGUAAUUGAUUCAUUGCAUUAAUCGCAUUUUUGUCAAAUAGCAAUAUUUGACACAUUAAGUAAAGUUUUUCAGUUCAAAUAAUUUUGGUUGCCGACUGAAACGAUGAAAUAAGUGAACUUAAACAACAAAAAUGUUUAUGUUUCAUUUAUAUUUAUCUACAUUUUUCAUCUGUCUACUACAUUCACAGAUUACUGCAAAUUCAAAGUGGAAUUAUAUCGAUUAUAUUCAACUCUUAAAACUUUUUCUAAGCACUUUUAAUGUCUUGAAAACUGGUCUAUUGUGGGAUAGCUACACUGUUUGCCGGUACCAGGACUGUCGUAGCUAAGGUAUGGUGCGUCGCCCCCGGAGCUCAUUUGCAUAAAGUAGUUUCAUUUAUGCAAAUGCAGCACGGGGAGUGGAGGUCCAACGCAUCAUGAAAGUUUUGUUAAACAUCUAAACUAGCCGUCAUUGAACUAAAACGAGGACAGAUUCAGCAGCUUAUUUCUCGCCUCAAAUGCUUUCAGAAAUACUUUUUGCUAAACGGUUUUCGUGAAGAGAAAGUUUGCCACGUUGGUCUGACGUUUCUGCGCCGAUUCACUCAGUGUGUCCUGCCCCCAAACAGACUUUAGGUUCAUUACCGCCACCUACAGGGCUGGAGUGUUCAUCAGCGUUACCUGUGUGCCAGAAAUGAGGAAACUGAGAAAGGUGCGAUUAAAUGUGUUAUUUUUUUUAGCACAUUAUGUUUUUUGUAAUUAGUUAAUUAUAAUUAACACGUUAAAGUCCCUCCCAGCCCUUGCUAUAACCCUAACAUAUAUUUAAAGAAUAUCAGCCGAUACAUCAUUACCAGAACAUUAUUUCCUAAAAUUGGUAUCAGCAUCGGCCCUUAAAAUCAGGUAUCAUUCAGGCUCUAGAAAAACCCAAAAAAGCACAAAACUGCAGAUUCUUUGCCCUACAUUUCUCACUUUUGUUGCCCUUUGAUUUUAGUUUGAUGAAUGAUGACAAAAGAGGAACUGAUUUCUAUUUCCAGACAUGUUGAUGAAGGUUACAGCCUCUGGUUUUACAUUCGGUGCAAAGACAGGACCCAAGACCGUUUCCUGACUUGUUUGAGGUUGUGGAUUGUUGUUACAAGUUACAAAAUACCAUCUCUGUCAUACUUGUAUGUCAGUUUUGCUGCUUGUUUGGCAGUGAGCGCUGAUAAACUGCACGUCAGCCAGCAGCAAACAGAGGCAUGCGUUUUACAAUAUGUCAUCAGUGCAUGUACUCUGAUGAGAAAGCUGUGCUCACUGCAGUGACCUCAGGCCUCAGUCAUAAAUCUGUUUUCUUGUAUGUGGAGGCGUCAUAUGGUGCAGUGUAAUAUUGCCAACACAGGGCCCAUCAAAUGAAAAAUACAUAUCACUCAAACUGGUGUUUUCUUAUAUUUUAAUUGAUCAACAAGUAUGAGAAAUCCAGCUUUGAUUUAAUGUGUCAACCAGUCAGUACAGUAACAGCCUGGAAAAUCAAAAGCAAGCAGCUGGAGCAUGAAAGCUUUUGCGGUGACUUAUCUAAUAUUAUGUGAGAGAUCCAAGAAAAACUGAGCUUUAGAAAAAUACUAGGUUGUUAAUGUGAAUAUUUUCUCUAAAAUACAGUGAAAUCAUUGCAGAAAAUACAAAACAGGAGAUAGCCUUCAUCUAAACAGAAGUUACUCAGCUACAAAAUGAGACAUUGCCAGUUUUUUCGGCAUUUGUUCGGGAGACAAAUCAUUUCUGAGUAUAUUAAAUAUGCAUUUUAUCUGCUAUUAAAUCCAAACCAGUUGAUCUGAGCUGAAAACAUUCAUAUAUCUGCAACUGUAAACUGCACAUAAUGAAAGCAAUAUUUUUGGAGUGUCUGGAUUGAGAAGAUCAGGAUAGCCAAACAAGCAAACACGACUCUAAUGUAAACUAUGAUUUAUCCGAUGCUGCUCUAUCAAGGAAUCCACUGUACACAUCAUUUUUAUAUCCUGAUCGUUUUUCAUACUGAUCAUUUAAAUAAUUUAAAUCAAAAGUAGUUUACUGGUUCACUGCACUGUGUGGAUGUUCAAUUCAUUUUUGUUUAUCAGCUCUUAGAAAACUGAAAUGAUUCACUGGUGUGAAGAGGAAAAAGAUGUGCACUAUUGUCCAAGUGUGUAGACGAGGCACUGGUUGAUUUGCAGAGAUUUUACUUAAUAAUUGAAUACAUAGCAGUUUGUUUUUUUUAACAUGUCAAUAUUAUGUUUUGCUGUGAAUAUAUGAUCUUUGAUUAAUCACUGUAAAUUUCUGUAAAAACUAUUUCACAUUCCUUGUCACACUGAGCUUAUGAGAAAAAAAAAUAAAAAAAUAGAAAAAAAAAUCUCCUACCUUUACUGUAGUGAAAUAAACACAUCUUGGCUUUCAGGGUUUUUCCUGAGUCAGAAUGAGCUCUUGGGGCGUAACUAUAUACAAUGUUAAGAUCAACAUCUAUGCAGUAAAAGCAAUGAAUCUGUCACUGUAAUUGAUAAAUCUUUUUUUUUUUUUUUUAACCAUUUUUUCCCAAAUAUUGUCUAAUAUCUUUGAGUAGGGGAAUGAAACCAGUAUUAACAAAUUUGCUUAAGAGUUAGUUUUUUAAAAUCCUCAGUUCUUACCACCACAAAAAUUCCACUGUGCAGAAAAAAAUCCCUUGAUUUGGUACAUUUUAAGUGGCAUUAUUUACUAGCACCAUCAUCAGUAUAACUAAUUUGAAAGGGAUUUUGAGUGUUGGAAUUUAUCUAUUGAACGCACCUAAAGUACAAGACCCAACAUUGACAAACCAAAGUAGUAGAAACCAAUAGAAGCCCAUUUAUAUUCAUACUUGCAUCGCUCUACAUUUUACAGCUCUUUUUGACUUUUCAACUGUGAAAAAAAAAAAAUCAAUGUUCUGGCUUUAACUUCAACUACAGGUGCCAUAUGGAGAUAUUGUAAGAGAAGAAAUUACAUUACCUCUCUCUUUUACAUCGCUCUUUGUGUUUUUCUUGGGUUGUGUCACUAUUGACUAUUGACCGCCACUAAUGAGUGCUUUUACGAGGAGAUUCUACACUGAUCAGCCACAACAUUAUGACCACUGACGGGUGAAAUGAAAAACAUUGAUAAUAUUGGUACUAUGUGGUGUUCUGCUGGAAAACCUUGGAUUAUGGCAUCUGUGUUGACGAGACUUAGACAACCAAAUACAUGCUGUCCCAGAACAAGCGCACUCCUUCGUGCAAAUAACAAUCCCAAUGUCACUGGGCUACCCCUGCAUGAAAAUGCACUCCACCACAUCGCAAAAACAUCUAACAAUCAGGAACAUCAUAAGGAACAUGACAGUCGCCCAAGAUGUUGAUUUGACCUCCAAACUUCCUGGACCCCAUUCGAUCAAGCAUCAGAUGGAUACAAUGGAACAAGUUUGUUUCCCAGACGUCCCACAGUACAACCCAGAGUACCUAAAGGAUCCACUGCCAACAUCCUGGUCCAGACCCCAUAGGACAACCUGAGAGGUCCUCUGGUCCAGACCCUAUAGGACAUCCUGGGAGGUGCUCUGGUCCAGACCCCAUAGGACAUUCUGAGAGGCCCUCUUGUCCAUGCCCAGUGGUUCAGACCAUUUUUGAUGGCAUAAGGGGGCCUAACAAUAUUAGGCAGGUGGUCAUAAUGUUAUGCCUGAUCAGUGUACUUACAACUGGAACUCUUCCACUAAAGCCUGUUAACUGUAUAGCAAUCUUUUUUUUUCUAAUAAAAGUUGGUAACUGAUCCACUAUUUCACAAAGUUGCAUGACUCAGCUAAGGACAAACAACCUAGAAAUCUCAAAUAUUGACUAUUUAUUCUUCAAGUCUCUGGAAGUCUGCUGGACACCAUUCUUCCAAAAGAUAUUCCCUCAGUUCGUGUUUUGAUGAUGGGGGUAGAGAGCACAGUCAGUGACAAUGGUCCAGAAAUCUCCCAUAUGUGUUCAUUUGGGUUGAAAUCGCUUGAUUGUUAAGGUACCUUCAUCGCGCCCUGCGGUGACAUUAUCCUGAGGAACAGUAGGUUAAGUUUGCUCGUCAACCAGCGCGAUAUGUAAUAAAAAGCUUCCCGUGCAUAUCACAUUAAUGCACAGUAAUCUUUUUAUUGAUUGCUUGUCAUAGAUCUAAAUGCAGAUGUCAUUUUAGUCACCAUUCCUAUGGAAACACUAAGGAGUUAAGUGAUCUUUGUGACUGAAGCUCCUGCCAUCUGUGCCCCAAAAAUGAACCCUCUUUCAAAGUCUCAUAUCUUUUCUUCUUACCAUUUUUAUAUAAAAUCAGAAUCAGCUAGACCUACUGAGGAUUUCAUACAUGCCACAGAGUACAAUCGAGUGUUGACUGUUUAACUGGGACAUGUUGUGUUUCUCCUUUAAUUUGUUAUCUGUCUCCUUAAAGACAUACUGCUCAAUUAAAUUUUUAGCUUUG